AUGGAACGCUCAUUGCCCGCACCCACCGCAUUCAACAUUGAUGCGACUGAUCUGUACAGCGAGUGGAAACACUGGAGUAGCGCGUUUGAGAUCUACUCUAUAGCAUCUGACCUACAGAAAAAGGAUGAUGCAGUUCAGAGAGCCACGAUGUUGCAUUGCUUUGGCCCCGCAGUGCAACGCAUCUUCAACACGCUCCCUGGCGAACACGAGAGCCUCGAAGAAGCCAAGACCGCUUUGAAUGGGUACUUUGCCCCGAAACGGAACGUGGUAGCAGAACGCUACAAAUUCAGGUCGAGAGCACAGAAGGCAGACGAGUCGUUUGACACGUACCUGACGAGCCUUCGAGAGCUGGUAAAAUCCUGCGACUUUGGCACUUUGGAAGAGGAGAUGAUACGGGACCAAAUUGUCGAGAAGUGCUCUUCCCAAACCUUAAAGCAGAAACUGCUGCAGCAAGAAGACCUUGACUUGGCAAAAACAGUGAGAAUUGCGCGGAAUGCAGAAACGGCCGUGCAAGAAGCGCGAUUGCUGUCUCAAGGCACCAGAGAAACCCGAUCCAGAUCGAUCACGUGCACGCUUCUCGGGGAUCACAAGCAAAAACUUUCAGCUGCUACAGAUGUGGUGGAACAGACGGACAUGCUCCUGACGAAUGUGGCGCGAUCAAGUCCAGGUGUAACAAGUGCAAAAAAGUCGGACACUUGCAGAGGGUUUGACGUUCAAAGUCCAAAGCUGACCAAAGGAAAGGCAAGAAAGGAAAAGAAAAGAAACCGCCCAUGA